UACAUCCCAGAUGAUAUCUGGAGUGAUAGGAACGAAGGAAGUUUUUUUGUUCUGAUGGCGACGACGCAUAACCACCUGUGCCCAGAGCUGAUUGUUGAAAUCUUCACAAGAUUACCGACGCAAUCCCUUCUCCGGUUUAGAUCAGUGUCGAAAUCAAUAUGUGGUAUGAUCGGCAGCCCAGAUUUCAUCCGAUUGCAUUCUGUUCGAUCCCCGAAGAAAUUCACGGUGAUACACCGGGUUAAUUACAAAGCAGAAGGAGUGACUAAAAGCGUGUAUACAAUCAAUUCGGCAGGGGGAGGGCAACUGUCAUACAUCGGCACAACACCAGUUGAAUAUCCUUUUAAGGAAAAGCAUAUUGUUGGUUCAUGUAAUGGGAUUAUAUGUGUUUAUGAAUAUGAUAGGAGUAUUAUUCAUCUAUGGAACCCUUGUAUUAGGCGCAAAGUAACCUUACGUUUUCUUCCUCCUUGGCUUCCUGGCUUGGCCCUAGGGUUUGGUUUCGACCCAAGCAUCGAAGACUACAAGAUCUUGUGGACAGCCAGUGGAGGCGUUUCCUCUGUUUACACCAUGAAGACACACACUUGGCGUGAGAUUCCUUCCCCUGCUGCUAUGGAUUCCUUAUCGUUGGUGAAAUCUCCCAUGUGUCUUUUCGACGGAGCACUGUAUUGGGCUGUGAAAAGGCAUUUUAGACACAGCUGCUGUUAUAUGAUGACGUUCGAUCUGAGCUCUGAGGUUUUUUCUACCAUCGAGUUGCCCGAACCAAGCUGGGAGACCAAUACAGUGACAGUCAUCAAAGGUUGUCUGGCUGUGGUUUCUUCUUCUUCUUCAAAAGAUAAUGAUAGCAGGAUUUGGGUGAGGACUGCUGCUGCUGCUUCUUGGUCUCUUGCUUUCAAGUUGGAUACGCGUCAACCUGUACUGUCCAUCAAUGGUGAUUUGGUGUUUAGUCGUUGUUACUGUAGUAAGGGGCUCCUAGAUUAUCAUGAUCCCGAGACAGGGGUGCCAUCGAGACUUGUAAACUUGACCAAUUCUUCUUAUGUGGAUGGCAUGAUUACGUACAUCGAAAGCCUUGAAUUGUUACAUUAUGGGACUUCAUGCGAUCAGGGAAAAAGCAAAUCAAAACAGGCUUUGGAUUGUUAGAUUUGGGGACUACAAAGAAGCAAAUCAAAAGAGACUGCUUUACAUCAUCUGCAGAAAAAGAGGCCCCGCCCCUUGAUUGGCAGACAUGGAGGGAGACCUGCAGACAGACAUAUCAAAAGAGGCCUUUGAUAUCAUCAAGUUAUGAUUAAUGGAAGCAGACAAAAAGGAGUCCUUGGAUUGCAGGGAAGCAAAGAAAGGAGAGCAGUGAAGCUAUGCGAAUUUGCUAUUUAUAUAAGCACUUGAUUAUCGUACUUUGAAUCAUUACUUUUUGUGUUUUAAAAUGUUGCUCAACCUUUUUGGGCCUUUUCGGAUUUUAUUUACAAUAUUUUCGCCCCGUUGUCACAAGACCAUGACUUGACAUACAAAAUACUGAAGCUGGUUUAACACACAACAGUUAUAUGCAAAUGCAUAAUAGGUUAGGUUCAAAACAUGUGAACUUUAUUCACGGGCCAUGAAGGUUGUAGCUAUUUAACCAUCAA